GUGUGGGAGAGGUAGCAACUUCAGACUGACAUGUGUUAGAUGGUUUUCAUUUUUCACGUGUGCACAUUGGAUAGUUGCACAGUAGUGCAUAUCAUGAUGUAUGACCUUCACCAUGAGUUAAAGAAACCAACAUUGCUUUUGGUGCUUUGAUGUGAGGUUUUUAUCUCCAAUUUAUUUUCAGAUUGUUUUAUUUUUUUCAUCCUAUAAAGAUUAUUUCACUCUCAUUUUAACCAGAACAGCACAGGAAGAGAACGGCUGACUGCGAAGGUGCAAGGAAUGCCUCAGUCUGAGAAAGAGAGUGACAAGAAAGAGAGAGAGAGAGAACAUGAACGACAGCCGACAAUAAAAGAAGAGCAUGAUGCAUCUCCCCCUCUGAUGAAUGAAUGUUCUUCACCACAUUCAAAUUCUGCCCAUCGGAUGGUGAGACCAGUCCAGUUUGACCAUACUGCUCCUUCCAUCAGCUCAUCACACUUAAAACAUCCUCUCUCACACCAGGGAGCUGGUGAUGAGGAGCGGAUGCCAUUUCUUCAGCUGGUGUUUCAGAAUUCUUGUGUUGGCCAGCUCAGGCCAUCUGUACUCCGCUCUACAGCUUUCCUGCUUCAGGCAAAUGAGGGCAACUCAAUAGCCAUGGACAAAAGAAAAGAUGCAAGUUGCAGUUCCCAGAUCUCAGUCCAAGCUGUUCCUGGAUCAAGCCAGGCCAGUAAACAAUUUCCCAGCAUUCACUCACACAGUCAUGCUCAGUCGGAUAUCGAGAGUUCUAGCUCUCUGUUUGUAAACGGACAAUGUCGUUGGCCUGGCUGUGACAAAGUCUUCGAAGGGUAUCAAUUGUUUUUGAGACACCUGGAUCGAGACCACAGCACAGGUGAGAAAACCAUCACACAGUGGCGAGUUCAGCAAGACCUGGUAUGGCACUUGGAAAAUCAGCUCAUUCAGGAGAAGCAGAGACUUCAUGCCUUGCAGCUCCACCUUCGGCUGUUUGAGUGCAUCUCAACACACACCGGAACAGCUCCAGGCUGGUGGAGGCCACUGGCACCAAAUUUGCCCCCGUUGGGGGAGCCAGAUGGCAGGACAGAGAGAGCUAGUGAAGCACCAGUGCCACAGGAAUACUGGCACAUACCGCCACCACACCUGCUGCCAGAUUUUGUUAGCAGCAUUGAAUACUACAAAUAUGCCAAUAUACGACCUCCAUAUACUUACGCUUUCCUAAUCAGAUGGUCAAUACUGGAAGCUCCAGAGAAGCAACGGAUGCUAAAUGAUAUUUACAUCUGGUUCACACGAAUGUUCUUCUACUUCCGUCAUAGCUCUACUUCAUGGAAGAAUGCUGUGCGACACAAUCUGAGUCUUCAUAAAUGCUUUGUGCGGGUGGACAGGAGGAAAGGGGCAGUUUGGACAGUGGAUGAGGAAGAGUUUCAAAAGAGGAAAGGACAGAAAAUCAACAGGUGGACUGUCUGCAAUUCCAAUGAGUAAAAGUAAAUAUGGAAUGUUUUUGCAGGGACUAUACUUGGAAAUGGCUGAAACCUUUCUCAUGUUCUCCACCCCAUGAGACCUUAGAUGUGUCGAUGACAGCCAUAGAUUCACAGUGAAACCUUCAAUAAUUUGAGAUUGUUAAGUUUAGUAUGAAGAAAAAGAAGCAUGGAGGCUGUAUGAUUUCAAAAAUCUUAUGAUUCUGAAAAUUAUUUGAGAGGAUGAGAACUUGUUUUGUUAAUAUUCAUUAUUGAAGCCAAACUAUCUAUAUCUGAACAAAAAUCCAUUAGUCUUACUUAAAAUAUGGUGUUAAUUACUGUCUUGUCAGUUGUCUGUGUAAUAAUUAUGAACAAUUAUUGUCUUUGUAAUUAUUUAUGCAGACAGUAAGGUUUUUAUUUUUCAAAGUUAGUGGUAAUGAAUUGCUUUGACCUUGUUGGGAAAUUUUAAAUGUGCAUUAUUACCUUAUCUCUAUAUGCUGUACUAUACCAGAACUCCUGUUUAGAUUAAAAAUGAGAGUAAAAUAAAUAAAUAAAUAAAUGAAUACAUUUUAAAAUUAAAGACAAUAUUGUGGCAAUAACAUUGAAAAAAUAAAAAUAAUAAUGAUGCCACUUUGAGAGACAAAACUCCAACCUGACCAGAAGAGGGCAUCUGUGUGUGUGUUUUGUGUGUUUGAGUGUAUGUGUGUGAGUGCACGUUUUUUGGGUGUGGUAAUUCUGUAACAAAAAGCAUCAUCAAAGCAGCUGGUAUAAAAGACAAAGACACUUUCUCCACAACAUUUUGUGAUUUUUACAUGGUAUUCUGAUGAUACUUACAGAACAAUUAAUAACUGUGUGACUGAAGCAUUGUAGAAACAAGGGUAAAUUACUGUAUAUGCUGAAUCAGUUAUACAUUGUCCCUUUUAAUGUCCCCACUAUGUCGAUUUGAAUUAGAAUUCAAUCAUCAUUUUCCUCAGAUAUGCAACGGUACUCUCUGUUUCUGUUCUUUUUUCUUUUUUUUUCUUUUAUCCCCAAUCACACACACAUAGGCCUGCAUGUGUGACUUAUUCUGCAGUUGAAAGGUGGCGAGUAAAUAAAUCCACUGCAUCUG